CGUCACGUUGGAAUGAGAUCAUUUAACAGCGACGCGGGUUUGUUGUCACGCCCUCGUGAAAAAUUACUGGAGAUCUUUCAUCGCCAUUACCGGUAUCGUGGCACUGAGAAACAGGAAACGCGCAUUAAUAAUAUCGAACGCGAUUGGAAGGAUAUUAAUUUAGACAGAACGUAUGCUUGCGUGUGUAAGUUUCGAGAUAACAAAUAUCACGUAUUAUAUUAUGUAAAAGAACGUAAAACUUGCACGUGACCAAACGGAGACAAACCACACUGACCCACAUUCUCACGACGCAUUUAACGCUAAACGCAGUAAUCUCGCCUCGUGUUGGCAUUGAAGCCGCCAAAUAAAAUCCGACGAAAUUCUUCGACACACAUGUAGCGUUAAAUGAGACGAGAACUCGCAUCUAUGGGCACGUCGAAGUGAAAAAGGAGUUCGCCCACUCGGAGAAGAUUCGCGUCGAGUCUCUCCUCCGUUCAGAGGAAAGAUCCGCGAACGGAAGGAACGGAUUCUCCUCUCGCGAUUCUUUCUGCGCGCGUGAUAGAUAAACACAACGUUCGAUAAUCGCGAGGCACUUCGCGCGACGCCUAAAAAAGGAAGCUUGCUCGCCUGUAGGCGAGCGAGUCUCGCGGGGGCGACCCUCGGCGUCUUCGGCGUCCUCGUCGGCGGAGCGCGCGCGUAUCGGCGCUGCAGGUGUCCACGCGCAAUGUGUACGCCUAAGAAUUGAUCGUGCAAUCGCCUCUUGGCAGUUGAAACAGUGAAAAGCGAAGCUUCCUAGUCGAAGGCGCGAUAUUAAAGUUCCUCUUGACGAUGAGAUUCGAUUUGAGCAAAACCAACGUGAAAUUCGUUGAGAUGUGCGCGCUGUGAAAAGUGUAAAAAUGUUAUAUGCACCGCCGCCGAUUCUACUGCCGUGCGCAAUCUGCGCGCGGACCUUCAUGCCGCAGUCAUUGGAGAAGCACACGAGGAUAUGCGAGCGCACCGCCGUCAAGAAGCGCAAACCCUUCGACUCGGCGAAGCAGAGAAUUCAGGGCACCGAGCUGGCCGAGUUCUUGCCGAAGCAGGAGACGCGGCGACACCAGGAUGAAAGGAGCCGCACUAUCUCACCCACUUGGAAAAAGACCCACGAUGACUUCCUACGAGUCAUCCGCGAAGCGCGCGGCGAAGUCAUGAACUCACGCAACAAACAAUGUAAUUCGCUGAGCUCGUCUGGCGCGCCGACUCGCGCAAACGAGAAGGGCACCUGUCCCACGUGUAAUCGACAGUUUGGCAUUAAGGCUUACGACCGUCACGUGGCCUGGUGCAAGGACAGGGUUAUCAGUGUGCCAGUGAGCCCAGCAGUCAAUCUGGCGAAAGAACGACUGGAAGCGCGCAUGAGAUAUAGAGCGCCAGUCCUGAAAAAUCGGCGAGCCGCCACUCGCGAAAAGUAUAGUCCGACCUCAGCAGGAAAUCAAUGCAAGAUCUCGUUGUCGGCACCAGCACUUGUGAAACCCAAGGAGAGCGUCUCGAUGUCCAACUGUAGCCGGGAGAGCCCUAACAAGCAGAAACCAGCUGUCGUCAGACGUCCUGGACAGCUCAAAGAAUCUCCCAUCUCCUCUGGACCUAUGAAAUCUCGCCUCGCAGAUCGCACAAACAAGAAAAUCGAACUGGCGACACGUCCCGCCUGGUGCAAUUAUGUACGCAGUCGACCGGACUUUAAUCUCAUACUUAAAGCUAGAACCGGCACAUGCAAGGACUACGACCCAUUCCUACUAGCCGAGCAGCAGAUGAACGACCUGCUGUCGGACACGAGCGAUCAAUCUAUGAUAGGCAGUUCUAAACCUCAAACACGCGACAAUCUUUAUCCUCUCUCUCAUUCGUCCGCCUUCGUGAAAUAUCCUCGCCCAACGAAUCCUAUCAAUCCCGACAAGAGAACUUCCCUGAUAGCGCCUCCUUCUGAAUUCGACGAUCUCAUCUCCGACUUCUCGAGCGACUCGACCGAGACCAACUCGAUCUCGCGCGAGAUCUUCCUGAAGGAUCUCAGUAGCGCCAAGGACACGGCGGACCUGUCGGGCCUGAAACCUGUCCGCGAGCUAGGUAGACGGCUGAUCAUCGACAAGACAAAGGCGCUAGGUAGUGAUCUGAUCGAAGAGCGUCGCGGCGUUAUCGGCAGUGCAGACAAAGCGCGUAAGAACCUCGACACACUCAUGCCCAAAAUUGUGUCCAAGACCACGCGACCGCUCAUCAAUCGUUCCAAUUCGAUACGCGCCUCAUCCGCACCCAGAAGCAACGCGAGCUCCGACGGGAAGGUCUCGAGCGACACCAGGAAGGUCGCUGCCAAGUCGAUCGAGAGUCGGAGAUCAUCAGAUCAGAGUCUCAAUCAGAGAAACAACAAUUACUCGUCCUUGUCCGGCAGCAAUCUCAGCCUCAGCUCGAUUGUCUCCUCGGAGAUGGAUAUCAAGCGGUCGAACUCGGUGUUCGACGAAUUGAUGACGUCCUUCGAGGAGGACAUUUCGUUUCCCACUCUGCGAUCCUACCUUAAUAACGAAUCCUUCGACGUGUCCAGCUCCAUGCUCGGCGACGGCCAGCGAAACGGCAUUGUCAGCGACGAGGAGCUGUCUUCACCCGACAGCUACAAGCCACAGGAUCAUAGCAAGCUCAGCAACGACUCCGCUUACAGCAGUUUAAAUCGCAAAUAUUCGCACCACGGACGCAGCACUAACGACGUAGUCGGCCGUCUCGACGAAGACGUGACCAGAAACGAGACGCCUUCGCAGACGAUCAAGUGCAAGAUGUCCAAGUUCUGUCAUGAGUGCGGCCUGCGGUUUCCGGAAAACGCGAAAUUCUGUUGCGAAUGUGGCGUCAGAAGACUCGCGCUGUGAGAUCGUCAUGAUCGUCGUCUUAUCGACUUUGAUACUCGGGAGCAGCGAAGAUUAGAUAUCGCCGAAAGGAUAUUCUUCAGAGGGGCAGCGCGUUCCGAACGAAAAUAUUUCGAAAGGAUUUUUCGAGACCGAGGACUCUCCCCGCGAAUAUUCUAUAAAGAAGAAAAUGACGGAUUAACUGCCUUCUUACGCUUACACAUAUAAGCGCUCUAUGAUUCAGACGGCUUUUAUAAAAAGAAAAAAAUUUCGGAAUUUUGAAUACCUUUUAUGAAUCUUGAAAUAGCAUUUUUUACCGCGCAAUGGAAUUUUUUUGAUCUACUUUAGUUCGCUUCGUAGACAAUGCGUCGAUUUGUUCGCUAUGUUUGAAUAGUCUAACGAUAUAUUUGAUAACCAUUUUUCGUCGCACACGUAUAUACACAUACAUUGAGAGUUGCCGAUCAAUCGUCCUCAAAGUCCGUCCUCUUUUUUUACAAAUUUGCAAGCGUGUCUUUUUGAUAAGCUUUUUGUACUACGAGAAGAACUGCAGAAUCUCAAAUAUGUAUAUGUGUGUGUAUGCGUGUAUGUAUGUAUAUCUUAUGUUGAAAAUAAGCGAAUUAAAAUAACCUGCGUUUAUUCCGGCAACAGCAGAAAUGAGGACUGUCAUUAAAAUUGUCAUAUAUAUAUCAUCUUAUUUAUUUCUAUACGUAUUUUAUUUUAAUUAUAAUCAAAGGAAAUAAAUAAAUAAUGAAUUGAGGAAACUUACAUACGUAGACCUCUAAAACAGAAUUAAGAUGUAUUAAAGUAAAUUUUCACUUCUCGUUCAAGUUAGUAUCGAUUGAUUUCAAAUCUCAAGUAACUGAUCUUAAAGAAAUGAACUUCUUUCGAUUAAUUUUAAUUCUCUUAAUUUUUACAGGGAGUCUCGUGUUAUGUGUCGUGUAUGUAACAAGAUAGAUCGUAGGAUAAGAUUAGAAGAUAAGUAGUGGUGAUUAGACGAGCCGCCAAUACAACUCGCGUUCGCUCAAUUAACGCUAAUCACUAACGAGAAGAAAUAACGAAUUGCGGGGAAGUGCGAUGCGUACAAUGUAACGAUUCUAAUGCGAGUGAUCCGCCGAGUGCGUGUAGUUGGCUCUCUGGUGUUUGUACCGUACCAAAGAGUAACAUUGCGAUAAGCGUUUGACAAAACUCACAACGAUCGACGUUUAACUUGAAGAAAAGAGACUAAUGGUAUGCAAUAGAUAAAUUGUAUAUGUUUCAAACUGUAUUUUUGCAAGUGCAAUAAAUCGAUGCUUAUACAGA